AUGUCAAAAAACGGUCCAACUUUGGACGAUGCCGAAGCUGGCUUUGUUGCCAGGCGACAACACCUCAUCCGCGAGCGGAAAUCUGGAAAAUGCCUACUUGCACGAAAACGUCUCAAAGCAGUUUUUGGAAUGCGUAAAUAUUACCGCGCAGUGAUUGCUCUGACAGGUGUGGAAGCCAUCAUGGUUCUCAUACGCUUAAUUUUGGAGACAGAAUCUCUGAGGUUUCCGCCUGGAAACACGCGAAACAUGAUCCUUAACGCACAACUAUCUCUGCUGUGUAUAAGCCUCUUCCCUUUGCUUUUGUUCGUCAUCGAACAACCAUUCAAAUGGUGGGCCCUCGGAUCCAGACGAUUUUGCAAAAGUGUUCUUCUCGUGUUAGACGCAAUCGUUUGCAUAGUGUGCUUCUCUUUGAACAUUUACAACAUUCACAUGAGUGCUUCCCAGCCAACGGUGGAUUUGGGCUCCGUCGGACAGCUGACCUUUUGCGGUGUGACCCAUACCACGUUACCCGCAAAUACCGCAUGGACAUUCUCGCUGGUUUUUGGGAUGCUCAUCGUGUAUCGUCUAUGGUGUAUACAUGGAUACAUAAAAAGAUCCGUUCAGAAGGUAGUCAGCGAGCUGGACGGAAAACUGAAAGUGGUACAACGGGCCCGAGAUGAAGCAGAAACACGAGUUGUUCAGCUUGAAAGUAUACUGAGAGAGCAGUCCGUGCAGCGGACGGGACCGCGGGGCCAAGUUCGGAGCUCUGUAACGACAAGUUCACACACUCGUUCCUCCGGUCAGCAUACGCAACAGUGAAGUUAGCAAUUUUCUUGGAUCCAGAAAUGAUUACGAGGAUUAUAUUGCGUCUACUGAAGUCAUGCUUUUCCAUUUGAGCCUAUUCCAUGCAUCGUUUGGCUCUGCCUCCCAACUCCGUUACUAACAUUUUAUAGGCUACUUGGUUUUCUUUACGUCGACCUUGUAUGGAAAUGCACAUUCUUCCUUCCAUCCCCAAUUUUUUCGGCCACAAAUAGUUUCGCUGCUGUUUGUUAAAAAGCCAGUGGAGUAGUUUGGGUAAAUGAAGGUGUGUUAUUAGUAGUCCAGCAGGCUUUACAUAAGUCAUUUGCAUGAAUUGUUAACUAAUAAACCAUAUUCGC